AAACGUCGAGGCGGUCAGCUCUAUAGCCAUUUUCGUUCAAAGCUUUUGCAAGGAAACUUUCGUCAAUCUUUCGCAAUUCAUAACAAUCGAAGUUUAUUUUCUAUUUCCUUGCAAAUACUUAAAUACGGACGGAUAACUUUUAAAACUGUUUGAAUAUCUUAUUCAGUAUUAAUAUAUCUUAAAUAUGGUUUUAAUAAUGCUAGUAUUUAUAUGCAUAUUUUUCAUGGGAUCCACGAUUGUUGAAACUCGAUAUAUAGCAUCAAAUCAGCGUCUGCAAAUCAGUCGAGUUCUUCAACGAAGACCAGUAGAAAAUAUGUUCCCAAACCAUGUAUUAUAUCGACGAAACCAACGAGUCAUUUCAUCAGAUAAAGGCUACAACUCAUACAGCGGAAGGUUUACCCAACCUCGAACAAAAAUGUCAUCUGGGAAUUCAUUUUAUAAAUCAUCCAUACAACCUUCGAAAAAGAACAGCUUAGCUGAAAGGCGGUUAGGAAGUUUUGAGUCGCGAAAUCACCAACAAAAAUCGUUAAAUAAAUUAAGUUUUCUUGACCGAAAGCGUAAAUUACAGAUCAGCCUUAAAUUCAACGAACCUAAUUCUGAAGACACGAAAAUGCAAAAACAUGUACAUAUUAAAUCCAAGAAUGUCAAUGAUUUGAAGAUAUCUCACGGGAUAAAAAGUACGAAGAUUACCAUUGAUAGAGAUGGCUCACGAACCGGAAUACAUAUGUUCAGGAGACCAGUUUUAAGAUCAAACAACGGCAUCCGAAACGUGUACCAUCCGAAACAUCCUCGAACAAAUCAUAGGCGUAAACCUUCACCGAUCAAUAAAAUUCAAGUGCCAUUCAUUUCGCCUACAUUUCAUACAAAGAAUGGUGAACUUGUGGAAGAUGGAUUAAGUUUUCAGGCUAGCACUUUUAAUCCAAAAUCGUGGAUUAUAGAUAAUGUCUACAAACCAACAGCACGUGUCCAAACCGGAAGUACUUCCUCAUCUGUUGUCUCCACUUCGGCCCCUUUCUCAAUCACAAAAUCAACGGUUCAAGUUAUACCUAAAAGUGAAGCAACACUGACAAUUCCAAGACGAGCAUUAACAGAUAAACCUAAACUGGAUUAUUUUGUAAGCGUGUCAGAAAUUUCAGCUACAACAAAUGGACCGUCUCCGUCAACCGUGACCGAAGAAUUAGAUCUUCCAGAUUCCCCGGAUGUACCAGAUUUACCGGAAGCGCCUGAAUAUCCAGACUCGACCACAUCUGCAGGAACAUUUGAUUGAUAAUGUUUUAAUAUUCUUAAUAGUUUUCUUCACAACAUAAUAACCUUCAAUCUAAUUUUGAUUUUACUGUGUCGCUGGUCGAUAUAAUACAUUCCAAUUA